CUGGAAGUACUGUGGUGAGAAAAGGAGUCGCGAUCUACACCUGAACAACCAGUUGAUCUGACACAGAGCACCCAAGCCAAUAUAAAGCCCAUUACGCCGCUAUGCCGAUACUUGAUAACAAGGCGUACCGGAAACAACUCCGUACAUGGAUUGGUGACCCGGCCUUGACCUUUGACCUUCUGUACAGCGCCUCCAGAGACGGCUGCAGUGGUCAGGCUUUCCAUGCGAAGUGCAACAACCAAGGUCCGACUGUUUCUGUUGGUCAGAACAGCGCUGGUUACGUCAUAGGGGGAUACACGAGCAUCGCAUGGACAUCACGCGGAAGUUAUUAUAAUGAUGACCGUGCAUUUUUGUUCCAGCUCUUACCAAACAUGGUAAAGUUUGCUCGCAGUGGGUACGGAAAUGAUGUUUAUGACAUUGCUACACACGGCCCCACGUUUGGAGGUGGGAACGAUCUGCUCUUCUUUUACAGUUCAAUCAGUAAACAUGGUGCUUAUUUCAACACAAAUGGCAACAGUAACAUUGGUUACAGUUAUAAUGCCAAUGGUUACAACACCCCAACAUUCACGGGCAACAACAACGCCUAUCUCGACAUUGAAGUGUACGCUGUAAAACAGGGAAAUCUGGAAGAUGAAUUAUGUGAAAAAGAUAAACCAUGGCGCAAAACUGACAUUAACGACUGGAGUAGUAAGACUAAAGACAAACUUUUUGAUGAAUUGGUGUCGUUCUCCACUCCAAGCCCGGCCAAAGUGCCCGCCGUACGCCUCCUCCUGGUGGGCAGUGUGGGGGCGGGGAAAUCCAGCUUCUUUAACACCGUGCGCUCUGUGUGGAAAGGCAAAGUACGCAGCCAAGCGGCGACCGGAACAGCACCUCAUAGCCUCACAACCAAGUAUCGUGUGUAUGAGAUUCGAGGAGGCCACCAGACACCUGCGUUCCGUCUGUGUGACACCAUGGGUCUAGAAGAGGACCAGGGACUAGAUGUGGUCGAUAUGUCCUAUGUGCUAGAUGGUCACGUGCCGGACCAUUUCCAGUUUAACCCGGCUGUGCGUAUCACACGUAAAUCUCCUGGUUUUGUGAAGGACCCUGGUUUGGGUGACGCCAUUCACUGCGUAGCACUUGUCAUAGAUGGCAGUACAUACAAGGUCAUGCCACCCAAGGUCAAGGACAAAUUGCUGGGUAUACGAACUCUGGCACGUGACAGAGGGAAUGUUACAAAACGCGAGGUGUUUUCCGUAAUUGGUAAUGCGACAGAGGCGGCACACGUCGUCGUGUUUUCAGUCACUCCAUAA